GACUUUCCUAGUGGCUGAGUAGUCAAGUCCAGGUCGCGCGUCUCUUCAUCAACAAUGGUGCAGUUUCAUGUUGCCAUCACACUACCCAUGAUUCUCCUUUGAGCAUGUUUGUCUCUAACAAUUUCUGUUUACUUCUAUGCAAAUUUAUAGUCAGUAACGAUUUGAUGGCCAUUGGCCAUCUGUGUUCAAGAGCUAGAACAUAUUGGAGGACAUGCAUUGAUGACCAUAGUUGGGACUUCGAAAACUUGUGAUGGCAUUUGGAAGUGCAACUGGUGCGUCAUUGGGACAAUGCUCAUUUAGUAGGUGGCUAAAUCGGUUAUAUAGGUUUUUAAGAUCAUUCUAUAUCAUUCUAGCACUCCACCUACUGUAAUGUUUCUUGGCAUGUAAACACAAUGCAUCAAGGAAAUCAGUUGGCUGAAUAAUAAUCAUAAAACAACAAUCACAUGAUCAAUUCAAGUUGCUUAAACAUGUUUUUUCAUCACCAUGAUUCUCGAUACCAACAUACAUCCCAAGGUGAGCUGGAUGAGUGUGUAGUGCCACUUCAGCGGCUGUUUGGGCAGGGCUAUGCCUCCUAUGUGGCGGCUCUCAAGGGGCAGGAGCUGGUCGGCUGCGCACAACUGGGUCGUUUGGCGGUGUGCGGCUACUUUGUGCUGCGCUGCGACUUUGUGAUCAACCUAGUUUUGGUCGCCCCUUCGUUGCGCCGAAAGGGCAUAGGAAGAGAACUGGUGACAGAAUUAUUGCAUCGCUUGCCGGGCGAAGAAAGCAGCGAUCCAUUCAGGGCUUGGGCCGUGGUCGAUGCCCAUAACCAAGCCGCCUUGGAGUUCUUCGCAUCCAUGGGCUCCGCCCAGCGAGUUGGCACCUUGAGCGAGGUCGCCGCGACGUCUCCAUUGGUGGCUUUCGCCCUGACUUUGUCACAGGGGGCGCUCUUUCGAGAUGUGGUGGUCUACCAAUUGAAUGGCAGAGGCGAUGGUUCUGAAUACCUUUGGAAGGGACGACUUCGCGAGACCUAGGUAAAAAAA